GAGGAUUUAAUCCAAGAUUGAAUUAUAAUCGUUCUAAUACUGAUCCAAAUCUUAUGCAAAAUAUGCAAAAUUAUAAUCCACAGCCAAUUUAUCAACAACCAUAUGCUAAUAACAAUGUUAUGCCUCAGCGUCCUCUAAUAUCUCAAUACGCUAUGACUGAAGCUCAUAACACUAACAUGAACCAAGGAAUGGUGGCAGCAGUUCAACAGCAACAAUUUCCUAGUCAUGCUUCCAAUGCAAACUAUCCUUCUGGAAUGAACAAUCAUUUUCAACAGCAACAUCUGUACCCCACUGUGAAUGCUGGUCAAUCACAAACAUAUCCUAACAUUAGUCAACAUUUAAUGCAAAACAAUUUUAAUGGUAAUCAACAACAAUUCAAACCAAUCGUACAUCCACCAUCUAACAUUAAUGCUCAGCCUAUGGCACCGUCUAACAUGAAUGCUCAGCCUAUGACACCGUCUAACAUGAACGCUCGGCCUAUGACACCGUCUAACAUGAAUGCUCAGCCUAUGACACCGUCUAACAUGAAUGCUCAGCCUAUGACACCGUCUAACAUGAAUGCUCAGCCUAUGAAACCAUCCAACAUGAGUGCUCAGCCUAUGAUAAAUGUAUCCACAACAAAUACUUCUCCACCUUUCCUGCAAUCGGUCCCUAACUCUGGAUAUUCUACCAACAAUACUAUGAGUAAUCUUAAUCAGCAAGGUUUGGGAGGUAAUUUUAAUCAACAAGUUACGGGAAGUAAUCAGUUUCCAGGAAGUAAUUAUAACCAACAAGCUCCAGGAAAUAACUUUAAUCAACCAGUUUCAGUGAACAAUUUUACUCAAGUUCCGGUAAAUAAGGCCAACCAACAAGUUGUAGGGAGUCAUAUUAACCAAGUUCCAGGAAGCAACGUUAAUCAAGUUUUAGGGAGUCAUGUUAACCAAGUUCCAGGAAGCAAUGUUAAUCAAGUUUUAGGGAGUCAUGCUAACCAAGUUCCAGGAAACAACGUUAAUCAAGUUUUAGGGAGUAAUGUUAACCAACAAGCGCCGAUAAAUUAUCAUGUAGAUAAUGUGCAGUAUCAAGGCAUACAACCAUCUGGCUCUCCAAAUAAUAUUUUAAUCGGUCAUUCCUACACUGGAUGCGCACAAAUACUAGACAAAUAUGCUGUUAUCAACAAAGGUGAAAAACCUGCCAAAUGCCAUGCUGGUUAUCACGCUGGAUUAGGUAACAUUGAAGGCUUAAAAUAUCAUCUAUCCUGUGGUGAAAGUAUUACUAGCACAUAUGAAUUUAAAGAUACAAACGAUUAUUUAUGUAUUAUAGUCGCAAAGUAUUGUACUGAUAUUAAAAUGGUUGAAGAAAUUUUUAACUUGUUAAGAUAUCCUAGCGGUCCGUUGAAUGAUCCUAAUAAACAGCCCAAUCUCUCAUGGGUUUCGGCAAAGGGCCAAAGAACAGUGUUACAUUAUUUAUCUACAAAUGCAAAUUUAACAAGUGAUAUAGAUAUUUCAAAAGAAAAAAAGAAAACAGCAGAUGCAGAUGAAAUUUCAGAAGGUCAAACGAAACUGAAUAGGUUUCAUAAUCACAUUAAGAAAGUGAUAGAAUUCCUAGUUCAUAAUAAAUGUGAUAUAAAUGCAAAAGAUGAGAAAGGAUACACUGUCUUGAGUCUUUAUUUGGCCAAGACAACGUUUCAGGCGGGAUUCACAAAAGUUGUUGAAAUCCUAUUGAAUAAUGGUGCAGAUCCAAAUGUUAGCCUUACCGUUAAGGUUAAAAGUCUUAGCAAAGGAUCUAGUGCGAAAUUUGAAAUACCCCAUACGACGGGUAACAACGAAAGUACGAGUAAUCCUGGGGCGGCAGAGGGUACUACAUUUCCAAAUAUGUUAUACUUGGCAAUCUGGAACAGAUGGCCAAUUAGAGUUCUCAAUUUACUGAAAGAACAUAAGGUGGAUAUAGAUACGGAAUACGAGAAUUUAGGUAAUUUAUGUAAUUUGUUGAAUAUGUGUUUACCGAAGUCAAAAAAUGGAAAAGGUAGUCAAGUUUCCUAUAUGGAGGGAUUAGAAUGGGUAUUGAAUAAUGUACCAAAAGUAUGCAGUAAUGAGAAUUUAAUAGCAGUAAAAAAACAGACCGAAAAGAAUAGUGAAGAACGGAAACUGAUCAAAAAGAAAAUAGGAAAGAAGAAGAAUUGGUUAG